GGCACCAUGAGCAGAAACAGGCUUUAAAAGGAAGUCCCUGUCUGCAGAUGCUCACAUCCACCAGCCAUGAGGGUGCUUGUACUUGCUCUUACCGUGGCCCUUGUGGGGAGUCACCAGAUCAGCUUUGCACCAGAGUUUGCUCCCGGAAAGACCUAUGAAUACAAAUAUGAAGCGUUUCUCAUGGGUGGCCUUCCUGAGGAAGGCCUAGCACGGGCUGGAGUGAAGAUCCAGAGCAAAGUUUUGAUCAAUGAAGCAGCAGCCGGCACCUUCAUUCUGAAGCUUGCAGACCCUGAACUCUUUGAGUACAGUGGAAUCUGGCCCAAAGAUGCUUUCAUUCCUGCCACCAAGCUCACUUCAGCUCUGGCUGCUCAGCUCUUGACACCCAUCAAGUUUGAAUAUGCCAAUGGUGUUGUUGGUAAAGUGUUUGCACCUGCUGGCGUCUCUGCAACAGUUUUGAAUAUCUAUAGGGGAAUCCUUAACAUCUUGCAGCUAAACAUCAAGAAGACACAGAAUGUGUAUGAGCUGCAAGAGCCUGGAGCGCAGGGUGUGUGUAAGACCCACUAUGCCAUCAGUGAGGACGCAAAGGCUGACCGUAUCGUUUUGACCAAGACCAAGGACCUGAACCACUGCCAGGAGAGAAUCAUUAAGGACAUUGGCAUGGCUUACACACAGACAUGUUUUGAGUGUGACGCUAGAGGAAAGACCCUGAAGGGAGCAGCCGCCUUUAACUACAUCAUGAAGCCAGCACCCACUGGUGCUCUGAUCUUGGAGGCAUCUGCCACAGAGCUCAUCCAGUUCUCACCAUUUAACAUCUUGAAUGGCGCUGCCCAGAUGGAGGCUAAACAAAUCCUGACCUUCCUGGAGAUUAAGAGGGCACCUUUGGAGCCCAUCAGAGCUGAAUAUCUUCAUCGUGGAUCCCUGCAGUACGAGUUUGGCAGUGAGCUUCUCCAGACACCCAUCCAGCUUCUGAGAAUCAGCAAUGCUGAGGCUCAGAUCAUUGAGAUUCUGAACCACCUGGUUACCUUCAAUGUGGCCAUGGUCCAUGAAGAUGCCCCUCUGAAGUUUAUUGAGCUUGUCCAGCUGCUGCGUGUGGCCAGAUUUGAGAGUAUCGAGGCUCUCUGGGCUCAGUUCAAAGCUAGACCUGAUCAUAGGCACUGGAUCCUGAAUGCUAUCCCUGCCAUUGGUACUCAAGCUGCCCUGAGGUUCCUCAAGGAGAAGUUCCUUGCUGGUGAGCUGUCUUCUGCUGAAGCUGCUCAAGCUCUGCUGACUUCUGUGCAAUUGGUGACAGCUGACCUGGAGGCCAUCAAGCUUGCUGAGGGCCUGGCAUUGAACCGCAACAUCCAAGAAAAUCCAGUUCUGCGUGAGAUCGCCAUGCUGGGCUAUGGAACCCUGGUUGCAAAAUACUGUGCAGAGAACGCAGCUUGCCCAGCUGAGCUUGUGAGGCCUAUCCAUGAAUUCGCCAUCCAGGCUCUGGAAGCAGGUGAAAUUGAGGAGCUUGCCAUCGCUAUUAAAGUUCUGGGUAAUGCUGGACAUCCUGCUAGCCUUAAGCCAAUCAUGAAACUCCUGCCUGGCUUUGGAAGUGCUGCUGCCAGUCUCCCGCUCAGAGUUCACUUUGAUGCUAUUAUGGCUCUGAGGAACAUCGCAAAAAGGGAGCCCAAGAUGAUCCAGGAAGUGGCUGUUCAGCUGUUCAUGAACAGGGAUCUCCAUCCAGAGCUCCGUAUGGUUGCUGCUGUUGUUCUGUUUGAGACUAAGCUUCCCAUGGGUCUGGUGACCACUCUUGCUGAAGCCGUCUUGAAAGAAAAAAACCUGCAGGUCGCUAGCUUUGUCUACUCUUACAUGAAAGCCAUGACCAAAACCACAGCUCCUGACACUGCCUCUCUUGCUGCAGCCUGUAAUGUUGCUGUGAAGAUGCUCAGCCCCAAAUUUGACAGAUUGAGCUACCGUUUCAGCAGAGCUCUCUAUUUUGAUGCUUACCAUAAUCCCUGGAUGAUGGGUGCUGCUGCCAGCAUUUUCUACAUCAAUGAUGCUGCAACUGUUUUGCCAAAAGCCAUAGUGGCCAAAGUUCGUACAUACAUGGCUGGAGCUUAUGCUGAUGUUCUUGAGUUUGGAGUGCGGACUGAGGGAGUCCAGGAGGCCCUUUUGAAAAUCAAUAAUGCUCCUGAUGCCGAUAGGAUUGCCAAGAUGAAACAAGUCAUGAAGGCUCUUUCUGAGUGGAGGGCUCAUCCUUCCAGCAAACCCCUGGCUUCUGUGUAUGUAAAAUUCUUUGGACAGGAAGUUGCAUUCGCCAACAUUGACAAAGCUAUUGUUGACCAGAUUGUUGAGCUCACCACUGGACCUGCAGUUGCAGCUACUGGCAGAAGGGUUUUGGAUGCUCUGCUGUCUGGUUUUGCAAUACACUAUGCUAAACCAGUGUUGGUUGCUGAGGUUCGUCGCAUCAUUCCCACCUCUGUUGGUUUACCUAUGGAGCUCAGUUUCUAUACUGCUGCUGUUGCCGCUGCAUCUGUUCAGUUCCAAGCCACUGUGACACCACCUCUGCCCGAGAACUUCCAUGCUGCUCAGGUUCUGAGGAGUGAUAUCAGCAUGAAGGCUGCAGUUUCUCCAAGUGUUUCCAUGCACACAUAUGCUGUUCUGGGUGUGAACACUGCUUUCAUCCAGGCUGCACUGAUGUCAAGAGCCAGAGUUCACACAAUUGUUCCUGCAAAGAUGGAAGCAAGAGCUGACAUAAUUAAGGGCAACUUCAAAUUUCAGUUCCUUCCUGUUCAGAACAUUGACACCAUUGCUUCUGCACUUGUUGAUACAUUUGCUGUUGCAAGAAAUGUGGAAGAUCUUGCAGCUGCUAAAAUCACAGCAGUGGUCCCGGCUGCAGCUGCAGCUGCAGCACAGCUGUCAAGGGAGACAUUUACUUCAAGGAUUUCUAAGAUGGCAUCCUCUUUGAUUGGUGGCAUGUCAAUGUCAUCUGAAAUCAUCCCCGCUGACCUGUCAAGACAAACUGCCAGGAUCCUGAAAGCCCCCAAAGCGUUUCAGAAGAAGAUGUGUGCUGCAAUUGAAACUUUUGGAUUCAAGGCAUGCACUGAGAUUGAAUCUCACAACGCCGCUUUCAUCAGAAACUGCCCGCUGUAUGCCUUAAUCGGAAAGCAUGCUGUUUUUGUUAAAAUUGCCCCAGCUGGACCAGUCAUUGAGAAGAUUGAAGUCGAGGUUCAAGUUGGAGAGAGAGCAGCAGAAAAGAUCGUUAAAGUAAUUAACAUGAGCGAGGAAGAAGAAAUUCUCGAGGAUAAGAACGUCCUCAUGAAACUUAAGAAAAUCCUGGUUCCUGGUUUAAACAGCACAGCAAAAUCCUCCAGCUCCAGCAGCUCUCAGUCCAGCAGCUAUCGUUCAAGCAUCUCCUCCUCUGCAUCAGCCAAGACUUCCUCCAGCUCCUCGUCUCGGCCCAUAAGCAAGAUCGCUGGUGUUGCCCCCAUCCACAAGGCAUCAAGGAGAGUGAGCAGCAGUUCCUCCAGCAGCCGAUCAAUCGCUCGCUCCAGCAGCUCCUCCAGGAGUGCUUCAAAUAGCCGUUCAUCUCUUGGAUCCAGCAGUCGCUCUUCCAGCUCUAGCUCCUCCAGGUCCAGCUCUCUGUCCAAGCAAGAACUAUUUGCCAUGAAGUUUACCAAGAACCACAUCCACCAGCAUGCUGUCUCCACAGCUCGUGCCAGCAGCAAGAGCAGUGCCUACAGCUUCGAAUCCAUUUACAAUAAGGCUAAGUAUUUGGCUAACUCAGUCAGUCCUGCUGUGACCAUUCUGAUCCGUGCUGUGAGAGCUGACCACAAGGUCCAGGGAUACCAGAUUGCUGCUUACUUUGACAAGGCCACUGCCAGGCUGCAGCUCAUUUUAGCCAACCUGGCUGAGAAUGACAACUGGAGAAUCUGUGCUGAUGGCAUGAUGCUGAGCUACAACAAGCUGAUGGCCAAGAUUGCCUGGGGCAUUGAAUGCAAGCAGUACGAAACCGAAAUCAUAGCUGAAACUGGUCUUGUAGCUCAAGAACCUGCUUUCCGUCUGAAGCUGACCUGGAACAAACUUCCUACAAGCAUGAAGCGCUAUGCAAAGAUGCUGUCUGAAUACAUUUCCCAUUUUGCUCUGGAAACUGGGGUGAGCCUGGCAAAGGUCAAGAAUGUCCGUAAUCAGAUCAAACUGACUGUGGCUGUUGCAUCUGAGACAAGCCUGAACAUUGUGCUGAAGACACCAAAGAGGACCUUUUACAAACUUGGAGUGGGUGUUGUUGUUUCCCUACCUUUUGGAGACACUGCUGCUGAGCUGGAUGCAUACCAGAGCAACUGGGCUGACAAGAUCUCCUACAUGAUCACCAAGGCUCAUGCAGUUGAGUGCAACCUGGUCAGAGACACCCUGAUCACAUUCAACAACAGGAAAUACGAAAAUGAGAUCCCACACUCUUGCUACCAGGUCUUGGCUCAGGAUUGCACACCAGAACUCAAAUUCAUGGUUCUGCUGAAGAGGGACCAAACACAGGAACAGAACUUGAUCAGCAUAAAGAUUGGAAACCUGGAUGUCGACAUGUAUCCAAAAGACAGUGCUAUUUUUGUGAAGGUGAAUGGAGUCGAAAUCCCCAUCGCCAACCUGCCAUACCAACACCCAUCAGGCAAAGUACAGAUCAGACAGAGAGGUGAGGGCAUCGCUCUCCAUGCUCCCAGCCAUGGCCUUCAGGAGGUCUUCUUUGACGCCAACGCACUCAAGAUUAAAGUUGUUGACUGGAUGAGAGGACAGACUUGUGGACUCUGUGGAAGGGCUGACGGAGAAAUCAGACAGGAGUACCGCACACCCAAUGAACGGAUAACCAAGAAUGCAGUCAGCUAUGCUCAUUCCUGGGUGCUGCCUGGAAAGACUUGCCGCGACACCUCUGAGUGUUUUGUGCAGCAUGAAUCUGUGAAGCUGGAGAAGCAGGUUACCCUCCAAGGCCAGGAAUCUAAGUGCUACUCCGUUGAGCCUGUGCUGCGCUGCCUGCCUGGAUGCAUGCCAGUGAGAACUACUUCCGUCAACAUUGGUUUCCACUGCCUGCCAGCUGACUCAAAUGUGAACCGUUCUGAUGGUCUAAGCAACAUCUACGAGAAGAGCAUUGACCUGAUGGAAACUGUCGAAGCCCACCUUGCCUGUCGCUGCACUGCUCAGUGUGCUUAAUGUCAUUCGUCCAAUGACAUAAUAUUUCAUUGAUAGUUUGGAAUAUCGUUCAUUACUUGUGUCCAACUGUAAAUUUUAAUAAAACAUGACAAGCACACAAA